GGAAGAAUGGGAAAACGUUUUCUCUCUGCUGUCUGAUGCCACGGUUUUUUCUAGCUGGUAUCUGCAAUUUGGAAGGCGAUGGAACUCUCUCUAUCUGGAAGUCUGAAGGCUCCCGGACCUCCCUGCUCCUGGCCUUUGCCCUGCUCUGCCUGUCCUGGCUUCAAGAGGGCAGUGCCUUCCCAACCAUUCCCUUAUCCAGGCUUUUUGACAAUGCUAUGCUCCGCACCCAUCGCCUGGACCAGCUGGCAUUUGACACCUACCAGGAGUUUAACCGAGAGCUGCUCCGCAUCUCCGUGCUGCUCAUCCAGUCGUGGCUGGAGCCCGUGCGGUUCCUCAGGAGCGUCUUCGCCAACAGCCUGGUGUAUGGCGCCUCGGACAGCAACGUCUAUCACCACCUAAAGGACCUAGAGGAAGGCAUCCAAACGCUGAUGGGGAGGCUGGAAGAUAGCAGCCCCCGGACUGGGCAGACCCUCAAGCAGACCUACAGCAAGUUUGACACAAACUCGCACAACGAUGACGCACUGCUCAAGAACUACGGGCUGCUCUACUGCUUCAGGAAGGACAUGGACAAGGUCGAGACAUUCCUGCGCACUGUGCGGUGCCGCUCUGUGGAGGGCAGCUGUGGCUUCUAACUGCCCGGGUGGCAUCCCUGUGACCCCUCCCCAGUGCCUCUUCUGGUUCUGGAAGGUGCCACUCCAGUGCCCACCAGCCUUGUCCUAAUAAAAUUAAGUUGCAUCA